AUGUCUUUUAGCUUGCGUCUGGCUCGUCCCACUUUGAGAGCGAUUGCCCGCCCCGGUAUGACCAGUACUGCCACCCGUGCUGCCGGCAUGCGUUUUUAUUCUGAUGAUUCUCUCAGCUACGAGGAGUUCACUAAGAAGUACGAGAAGGAGUUCGACGAGGCCUAUGACCUUUACGAGGUCCAGCGUGUGCUCAACAACGCUUUUGCCUACGAUCUGGUCCCCGCUCCCACUGUCAUCGAGCGUGCCCUGAAGGCUGCUCGCCGUGUUAACGACUACGCUACCGCCAGCCGUGUCUUUGAGGCUCUGCGCUACAAGGUCGAGACCCGUAGUCAGUACGACGCCUACCUUGCCGAGCUCAAGGACGUCCGUGAGGAACUUGGCAUUACUCUCCACGAGGAGUUGUUUGAAAAGUCCGAGUAA